AGUCCUAUAAAGACUUGUAUCGUUUACAUGAUCUGUACUGACUGCAGCAUAUGUUGGCACUGGAAUUACCGAUAAAGGAUAAUAAUAGAUUUUGUGGAGAAAUUAAGUGCUUUGGAACAAUGGGACUGGGGCUCGUUUGAAACAGUCUCAAUCAAAGCGUUUUAACCAUGGCAUUUUUGAAUCGUUCCACCCGGAAGAUAUUGGUCAAACUGAUUGGGGUAGGAAUAGUUGUCAUCCUUCUCAUCAUACUAAUCGAAACAUUCGAAAGAGACCACAAGACUGUUGCGAAUUUUCAAGGUUCUGGAGGAGUGGUUGGAUUCUUGCACAGGAUGACAUGGAUAACGCCUCCGAAUAAAGAACGAGUUGAUAAGGCAAAGACUUUGAGCUAUAAGGGCAGACACAGGAAGUAUUUUUCUGAAGCACUUGUAGAUCUGUUUGGGUUUUCUAGUGAAUGCCAUCUACGUGACGCUGAUGGUACUAAAAAGGGUCUGCGUUCAACAAGCGUUAUUAUUCUUCUGCAUUCUUCCCCAUCGAGAGUGGCACUCCGAGGUAAAAUACGAGAGACAUGGGCUAGCCCUGAGGAAUGUCGGAAACAUGGUGUUCUUGUAAGGUUUGUAAUGGGUGGCCCAGCCAGUCAGGACGAGGUUGAACUGCUUAAGGAAGAGGAAGCGAAACACGGCGAUGUUUUAGUCGGGAAUUUCACUGAUACUGUCAGAGCAACCACAAUGAAAUCUCUACUUGGGCUUCGAUGGACUAUCGCAUUUUGUUCUCGAAUAGAUUACGUAAUCGAGGCCAGCGACAAAACAUUCAUGUGGUUGGACAAACUGCCGAAGCUACUACGGACCUUUAAAAAGGAAAAGAACUCAAAGUUCAUUCUUGGGGCCCGGUCCAACUCUUCCAGAGUUGUUCAUGACGCCUCGAGCGAGUUCUACGUCGGUAAUGCCGUAUUGAAUCGUGAAUUUUACCCAGUUUACUGCUCCCUGCAAGCAGGUAUUAUCAUGCCCUUUGCCCUGACGGUGAAACACUACAAAUACACUUGGUCAACACCAACAUUGGUGCCUUUUGCUGAUGCCCUGAUUGGACUUAGUGCUGAGGCGUAUGGCUGGAAGGACCGAAUGAUGCCUGUCCCUUGA